GAACAAGUGGGCGGCAACUCUUUGGUUCACCAUUGUUGAUCAAACCCGAGCAUACACUGCAACGAUGGUGCGGCUAUCCCGAGAUGCCCUGAAGCUGAGGCUCACUGAAGCCCGACGACUACGUGACGCUUGGAAGAAGUGCGCGGCGGCCCUGAAAAAGCAGAACAAGCGCUUGAGAACCAUUCUUCGUGAGGGUGUGCAGUCCUUGAACCGCGGGCCCGAGCUCCCGCAGAUCAUCCUCCCGACCGAGCCUGGCGGAGCCUUGUUCGAGUUGCCCGAGGAGCGCCGUGGAGAUCCCGAGUUGCCCGAAGAGCCAGCAGCCGAGCCCCAGGACCAGGAGUUCGACGAGGACGAGGAAUCGUCGGACUGAGGAGGCGCCCCGCGAGCCCCCAGCGCAGGCCCUCGACCGCAGGGGGAGAGAACUAGAG